UUAACACUAACCGUAAAAUAAACAUCGAUCACGGUAUUCUUUAAAGGUGUUUCUUCAUGACUUGAUGUAUUACGAUGAUUGCAAGAUCAUCAACGCUAUUAAAAAUUUCAGGCUUCGAAUCAUGAAAUUCCAUCGCUAGUUAUGACGUUGCAGCGACGUCAUUAUUGUUUUUUUAAGCGUUCGCACCGUCGAACCUCAUGCUGUUUCGUUACCGCGAAUUUUAACAAAUAUGCCGGCUAAAGUAAAAAAUAAAGUAUUAACGUACGAAGGUUGCAAUUAUUUGCGAUAUCGUUUGCUGCUAUCUACGCUUUCAGGCAAACCGGUGCGAAUAACAGAUAUUAGAAUCAAAGAUGAUGAUCCCGGGCUUAAAGAAUACGAAGUGAGUUUUAUACGUUUAUUGGAUAAAAUUACAAACGGAUCAAGAAUAGAACUGAACGAAACUGGGACCAAUUUAUAUUAUAAUCCUGGUUUAUUACAUGGUGGUGAAUUAGAGCAUGAUUGUAGCUUGCAAAGAGGCAUUGGCUAUUAUUUAGAAGGAAUUAUGAUAUUAGCUCCAUUCUGUAAAAGCCCGGUCGAUAUAAAACUUAGAGGAAUUACUAAUAAUACAAUAGAUCCAUGUGUAGACAGAAUUAAAGCAACUGCUGUACCUAUGUUAAAAAGGUUCUUAAUGGGUGAUAACGAGGUUGUAUUUAACAUUAAGAAAAGAGGGGCAGCACCUUUGGGUGGUGGGGAAAUACACUUCAAAUGUCCUGCUAGCCGUAAUGUCAGAACUAUUCAACUUCAAAAUAGUGGCAUGGUAAAAAGAAUAAGAGGUAUUGCAUGUAGUAUACGCGUAUCUCCUGCCAUUGCUAACCGAAUUGUAGAAUCAGCCAAAGGUGUUCUAUUGAAAUUUUUGCCAGAUGUCUAUAUUCAUACGGAUCAUUGUAAAGGUGCAUCCAGUGGAAAAUCACCAGGUUUUGGACUAAGUUUGUUAGCCGAAACCACAACAGAAAUUGCUUUUGGUGGAGAAGCAUUUUCACCUCUAAUGACAACAGGUUCUUUACCUUGUGUGCCAGAAGACCUUGGUAAAGAAGCAGCUAUGAAACUAAUUGAUGAAAUUUAUCGAAAUGGAUGUGUGGAUUCACCUUUUCAAAGUAUGACUGCAAUGUUCAUGGCACUGAGUAAAAACGAUGUUUCAAAAGUUGUAACAGGACCUUUGACACCAGCAAUGAUACAGUUUUUACGGGAUUUACGAGACUUUUUUGGAACGGUAUUUAAAAUUGAACCACUCAGAGAAGAGGAUGAAAUACUUGAUCAAGUUGUUUUAACUUGUGUGGGUGUAGGAUAUACUAAUAUAAGUAAACGAACAUUGUAAAAUAUGUUAUAUUUUUGUCGUAUGAUUACUUUUGUAAUUUAAAUUAAUAAAGAAUAUAUCUUUGUACUUUAAAAAAUUGCUUUCAGAAAA